AGAAAGGGGGAAAGAGAGCGCUCGAGAUCUCGUUGGGUGAAGGGGUGUUUGCGUGGAAUUGACGGUGAAGAUGUUGGCGGUGUUCGAUCGGGCGGUAGCGAAGAGCCCUGAGGGCCUGAGGGCCCCGGCGGCGGAGGGCGGUGAGGGCGGUGGCCGGCUGGUGAGCCACUUCGCGGCGGCGCGGGAGGGAGCGGUGGUCGUGAGCCUCGGCUCCGCCGGGACCAUUGCCUACACGUCCGAGAAGCAGAACCCUCUGCUUCCAAGAUUAUUUGCUGUCGUGGAUAAUAUAUUUUGCUUGUUCCAAGGCCAUGUUGAGAAUAUCACUUCUCUGAAGCAACAGUAUGGAUUAGGCAAGACUGCCAAUGAAGUAAUUAUUGUCAUUGAAGCCUACAAAACAUUAAGAGACAGAGGACCGUUCCCAGCAAGCCAAGUUGUCAGAGAUCUAAGUGGGAAAUUUGCUUUCAUUCUGUUCGAUAGCUCAUCAAACUCCACUUUCAUUGCGGCUGAUGCUGAUGGAAGUGUCCCUUUCUUCUGGGGUGCCGAUUCAGAAGGCCAUCUUGUUCUUUGUGAUGAUGUGGAUAUCGUCAAAAAGGGGUGUGGGAAAUCAUUUGCGCCCUUUCCCAAAGGUUGCUUCUUUACGACAUCCGGGGGAUUGCAGAGUUUUGAGCAUCCCCUGAACGAGCUCAAAGCGAUGCCAAGGGUCGACAGCCAAGGCCAGGUCUGUGGUGCCACCUACAAAGUCGAUGACCAGGCGAAGAAGGAAACCAAGAUGCCACGAGUUGACAGUGCCGCGAACUGGUCCUCCGAGUACUGAUUCAGCAACUCGGUUCUUAAGCAACUCUUUAGCUGUUUUUGUGUUUACUGCCUCGUCAAACCCUGCUCUCUAAACUAGCUAUCCUCCUAUUUCAACUUUGUUUAACAUGGUGAACCUCCGAGCCAAGCUUCGUGCUCUAGCUUGUCAUGCAACAGUUACACUUGUCCCAUGGAUUCAAGUGGGAAAAUAAAGAUUUCACGUUUACUAUA